AUGCCCGUGGGUUACAUCAAGUCACCGCCGGGCACACCACGCAUGUCGUUGGACGGCGUUGGCCAUGAAAUCUUCGCCGAGCCACCGUCAGCCUGGAACCAAGCGGGCCCGUCUCGCAGUCGCUCAAACUCUGUCAUCUCCAGAAGAGCCUCGCUUUCUCGAGUGUCUAUCGAUGGGACAGUCGCCAACGCCUAUGAGCCACCUUCCGCUUGGACAGGCCCGUCUCGCAGUCGCCCGGUCUCACAAGCCUCACAUCGAGCUGCCUCACGGGCGUCUGUCGGCGCCUCCAUGAGCACACACGAUACACACAGCACAAGCGCCACCGGUUCCUCGUCUAUUGGCAUGGGUCGCCCCGGAAGCGUCUCGUCGCCGCGCAAGUCUAUGGGCAGCAAUCCCCGGCGCCGAAGUUCAAUCAUUUAUGGGCCAGCUCGUGCACCCAGUCGAACUGACAGCGUCAAGACGACGUCGACCACGGCGGCCUUGGCCUCUGCAACUGGGCUGCAUUUCAACCCAGGCAUCACGGGAGUCGGCAUGGGUCGCCGACCACUGACCCCGAGCAGCGCCGACAAUGUGACGCCGUACAACUUUCUGUACAACCACUCGCGCGAGUUUGCCCACUUGCACGCCGACGGAGACGAGGACAAGAGCGCCGAGGAGCUUCUACGCUCUCAGCGCAACGUCAUCGAGGAAGUACGUCUGGGGCGCUUGGCACACUAUGUCUCGACGAGCCACAAGAUCCGCGCCCUCGAGAAGCAGCGCCGUACAGAGUCGCGCGCCUCCUCGAGGUUGUCGACGGGCUCCCUUGCCUUGUCACGAACGUCUACGGUCGAGUCUGGCUUGCGCCGUCUGAGUCUGUCGCCACCCUCGCGAGACGGCACCCCUGACGUCCGGCCGUUAUCGCUGUCCAUGUCGCCCACACGGACAGGACAUGCAACCUUGCGGCGCAUGUCCGACCCACCCGCUCAUCUGGCAAGUCCACAAUCUCUUGACGUCGAGUCUCUGCCUCGCUCGUCGCUCUCUGUCGACACCAUUGCGACCGAAGAGAUUGAACUGGGAAUUAACCAGCGCCUCGGCAUCCCGUUCCAACCUUCCGCACCUCCAUCUCUCGAACUCGCGCCCUCUACGCCGGGCCGUUCCACCCCCACAUUCGGUGCGAGCCCUUCAUCCUCGCAGCACUCUCUCCCCCUCUCGCCAGCUGCGGGCACGACAAUCCCGCAUUCGGACAGCCUCGAUGUUGCCAUUCGUCCCGUCUCGUCUUCGUCGUUCACCUCUCCGCCUUCGACAUACAGCAUUUCGUCAACCUUCUCGGGCGAUUCAUACGACCUUGCCCAGUCUCGGUACUAUGACGCCAAGUUUAAGCGCGAGGAAGAGAGCUCCAGUGACAGUGAGCGUCGCAAGACUCGUCACCGCCGUGUCCUUGUUCUGGCCGAGACUAUGCGUCUGCUCGACGGCAGCUCGUCUCGUGCCAGCCAGUACAUUGAGGACGACACGGCCCACCUUGGCUUCCUUGCUGCGCUCGGCGGCAACGUCAGCAUUGGUGGCAGUCGCAGUGACGACACCCGUGGCCACCGCCGUCGCCGUACCCUCCUGGCUGAUGGCCCUAAUCCCAUUACCGAGGGGCCCGAGACGCCGGAACGCCGCCAGGCAUCGUCACUGGACAUGUCGCCCCAGCGCCACAAGCUCAUCCGCAAGGACAUGUUCCGCGUCAUGGCUACCGAGCAGCCAAACGUGAUCCGUCACUCGGACAGCUCGAUGGAGUCUGUGGACUCUACCCUCAUUGCUGCCGGCGCCGCACUCAUGGACAACAAACCCUGGUUGACAAAGUAUCCCAAGGCUGCUCGACGCGAUGGCAGUUCCGCCCAGUCGGAUGCCGCGUCGCAGCGCACCUCUGUUGGCCGUCGCUCCGUCACCACCGACUUUGAUGGCCAGUUUGUGGCCACGUCGGCAUGGCACAACGGCGCUACCGACGGUGUGGACCUGCCUACUCGGGACUGGCCGGGUUUUGGCUUUGGGGAGGAGGAGGGCCUCGAGAGCGACCCAGCUCCCAGGCAGAAGACGACCUCGAGGGUCUCAUUCGAGCACGUCGGCACGGUAGUGAUUCAGCCACCGCCGGCCAAGGACUCGAAGAAGACUCGCAGGACAACGUACAGCGUCCGCCUCUGGUCGCGUACUUCUCAGUCGACCCGCUCGACUCCAUCCUCCCAGACCCCGGGUACUCACCCGGGCAGGGACAGGGGCUUUUGGAAGUCCUUGGGAGUUUCUUCUGCCCACUGGAGACAGAGUAGCAGAGCGACGACACAUGCCUCCUCCUCCCCGUAUGCCGCCCCGCCGGCCGACUUGCCAGACCUCUCGUUCGAGUCGUCGCCGUCCAACUUUUCACAAGGCAUGCCAGUGUCCCCGGCCACGAACAAUGGCGCCUACCUCGAAGACGUUACAGAGCUCGAGGCCCCCCUCCCGGUACCCGACUUCGUCAUGGACCUCGACACGACUUCCCCUCUCUCCACCCCAAACCACUCGCCACCUGCUUCCCCGUCUCCUCAGCAAAAGUUUAUGCCACCCUUGAUGGAGGAGCCCGACCAAGACUUUAUCGCUGGCAUCGACACUGCGUUUGAGGCUGCGUUUGCGCAGCACGUGGCGGCCCAUGUCGCCGCGAACGGCGGGCGCCCCACGACCCCGUUUGACGCCUACGGCGGCGCCACCAAGCCAGCGACAACGCCGCUGCGCGCCGCGUCGCGUCUGUCGUACCGUGCCACAUCGCGCAUGUCCCACCGUCUCAGCCGUCUCAGCAAGUCGGGUGGCACCAAGCUCGACAAGUCAAAGGCCAAGGUCAAGAAGGGCCUGGCUUGGUGCGCGCGUCUCCUCAAAGUGGAGUAA